AUGAAAGAACAUGUGAUUUUAUGGUGCUCCAGGCCCCUGAGGUCUGCGGGACAGUCCCAGUCCCGGUCCGCGGGGCGUUUUACGGGACCGAAACCCAGAAAAAUCUUUUGUACGGGACCGGGACCCAGAGGUCUGCGGAAAGAUCCCAGUCUUGCGGGAUUGUCCCAGUCUCGUGGAACUUUUAAUAGGACCAGGACCAGAUUUUUUUGAAAAUAGUCUUGUAUGAAGUAUAAAAAUUUCUUAGUUUCCGUACCUGUUUGUAUGUAGGCAGUAGUUCUGCGAGAAAGAAUUCACACAUAAUUCGAAAAGUCCUCAGUUAAUAAUCUCAUCCCAUAGUGCUAUUUUCCAGAUUAGCUUGAAUUAGUGUCGCGCUGACACA